AUGGUAAAAAUUAACACCAAUAUUUACUGUAAUAGAACCAUUGCUGGAAGCACAACUUUACCAAAUGGAGCGAUUCCUACAAGUUUAUUCCAAUUGCCAAAUCUAAACUCGUUGAAAAUUUCAUCAACAUCUCUUUCAGGGUCUAUACCUGACACAUUCAAUAAAAUGCCUGCUUUAAAAACAUUAUCAUUACAAAAUAAUCCACAACUCGGUAAAACUAUACCACCAUCCAUUGGAUCACUUUCUCUUAAUAGCAUAGCAAUUAAUGGACAGGGAAUCUCAGGAUCUUUUCCAGAUUUUAUUGGAAAUAUUCAAUUGGACUUUGGUAAUAAUUCGUUAACGGGAACCAUUCCUGAUUCACUAUCGCAACUAACAAAUUUAGAAUUUUUGUAUUUGGGUAGGAAUCAGCUUAGUGGGCAGAUUCCUGCAUCAUUGGCAUCAUUAACGAAUUUGAAAGAAUUGUUACUAAAUAACAACAAACUGAGUGGAAGUAUUCCUGAUGCUCUUGGAGAUAUUGAAGAUGUUCGCAAAGAUUUUAAAAAAACCCAAGCUUAUGGUAUAGAUAAAGCCAAGUUUGGUUUUGUAUCGGCUUUGUUUGGCCAGGUACAAAGUACAAUUAUAAUUGUGUGGGAUAUUCUUCCUUGGCUUUGGGAUCUUUCUGGAAGGAUAAUUUUUAAUUUAGUGUUGCUUACUAUUUAUCCUACGCUCAUUCAACCCCUUUUUAACAAAGUUGAACCUCUUGAAGAAGGUGAACUUCGUAAGCGAAUCGAAGAAUUGGCUUCCCGUAUUGGAUUUCCACUUAAAAAAUUAUAUAAGAUUGAUGGCAGCAAGAGAUCCAGUCAUUCUAAUGCCUAUUUUUACGGUUUUUUUAAAAAUAAACGAAUUGUACUUUAUGAUACUUUAAUCGAGCAGGCUGAUACUGCUGAAAUAUUGGCGAUUGUUGGCUACGGAGCGCAACUUCGCUCCGGUCUCAUAAAAAUUCAACUUAAAAAUUUGAGCAAUCUAAAUAAUGAUAAAUGGUAUUCUGCGUACCAUUUUUCACAUCCACCUCUUCCAGAGAGAUUAAGUGCUUUGGAAAAAAUUGAUUAA